AUGGCGGUUGAAUUGAGCACGUGCCAAGAACCGCGAACGCACACGCUACGCGUCCCGCCCCUUACCCCGCCUCCCUCGCCUUUCAAGUCGGGAAACAGUGACUAUAUGAGUGCGAGAGAAAUGCGAUGUCGCGCCAGGGAAAAUGCGAGUCCGGCGCGGCGGCAAAGCGGUUCAUUUGUAUCACCGCCGACCUAGCUUUUUUUUUCGACUCGGACUGAGUCGUUAUAUUUAGUGCUCACAGAACUUCCUCACUAAUUCGAACUGCUAAACAUUGAAAUCCUCUCAGAUCAUAGAAACCUUGGAAACCAUUUCACUGAGCAUCUACACAAGGUGCCUUCAUCGACAACUUUUGAGGGCUUUGGUAGUCCAGGCGGCUAUUCCUCUAGUUGUCAGCUUCUCCCCUUGCUUCAUCGUAUGGUACACACCGCUUUUCGAAAUUCAAGCUCCGGAGUUUGAAUUUUCAAGAGUAAUGUAUACAAGUCAAAGGGCUCAGGUACACGAAUACCUUUGGCUACCCGAUGUUGAGUGCUUUUCCUUGUUGCGACCCGUUGGCCAUCAUGUUUUUGAUCGCUGAUUACCGCCAUGCUGUUUUUGAAAGAAUCCAGAAACUCAAAUACAUCAGUAUCAAGGGAAAUUCAAUAGCCACUACUACACAAUUCAUAAGUAAAUGAAUGUAUUCUGAAUUUGGUGAAAAGGACGUUAUUUGCACUUUCCACGUGAUGAUCUUAUUCUUGCGAAACCCUAUCACCAGAAAAUGGGUCUCCAUCCUUCAUAAUGACCCUCGAGAUCGCCCUCAAUGAAUAACAGUAGAGCUUCUGGGUAGUAAUGAGGGAGGUUGGGCUUUUUGCAAAAUUUGCAUCUCGCCUAUUCUCGAUUCUUUCCCUGAUUCUGAAUUCUCUUCUGAUUUAUAUGAUCAGAUCGAGAAAUAAGUCGAAUAUCGGAAACUAUCGACAUUUGUUGACCUGUUUUGCUUUUUUUGAUAUCAGUUAUUCACUUCUUGAUCUUCUGGGGAACAUGGUUUGAUUGAUGAAAUUAAGGUAAGAAGUAUAGAAAGGUGAAUUUGAAGACUGGACACCACUACAAAGCGUCAGUCUUCAUGUUCACUAGAGAUGGUCUUCUUUCGGAAGUUUUCAUUUUCAUAUUUUAUAUUUUCUCUCUCUCUUCUAUUUUUUAUUUUAUUUAUUUUUAUUUUUCAUUUCCAAACCAAGCUCUAUAAUAUAAUCCCAGAACAGAGCCACGUCAACAGUUUAUCUUCUAUUGAAGGCUACUUUCAUCGGAUUCAGCUUUGGACUGCUGCUCCUACACUUUCUCUAUCGAUGUUUAGCACUGCUAAAGUCGUCUUUUCUCAAUUUUUUGACGUAUUCAUUCAUUUUUAGGCCUACAGUUCUGAUGCGUUACACUAAUGCAACUGGAAUUAUUAUUUUUGUAUUUAUAUUCCUAACGCAUGGAGCUUUUUUCAUGGCAGCUACGCUUUUGGCUUUGGCGGAUGAGGAAACUAGAAAAUAUGUGAGAGAAGAUUUUCUCAAAAGCCAUACGGCAGACUUUGAUAAUAUCGCCUUUCUGGUCUUCUCUUUCGAUGUAAUUUUGAAAAACCGUCUCGGCAAUUAUAUCAAUUUUUGAGUCGCCGAUUGAGUGGAGAAGGAAAAUUUCGUACUUGGUUCUGAUAUCUGAUUCAAUUGUCGGCUUUUCGGUAAUCGCCGUUUGCAUCUACCUCGCAACGAAAGUGAGUUUGAAGGAGAACUCUGCGACUGACGCUUUUUCAGAUUAUCUCAACUUUGAAAACGAGUUCAAUGAGUUUCUUCACCCAGAAAAUUCACGCUCAACUUUUGAGAGCUCUAAUCGUCCAGACGGCUAUUCCCAUAUUUUUCAGCUUCCUACCAUGUAUCGUCGUUUGUUAUGCCCCGGUUUUCGAUAUCCGCGCUUCAGAGUUUGGAAGUUUGAAGUAGAAUCACCUUAGAAACAGUUUCAGGUACGCCGAUACUUUUGGUUAUCCAAUGUUGAGCGCUUUUCCUUGCUGCGAUCCAUUGGCCAUCAUUUUUCUGAUUCCCGAUUAUCGCCAUGCGGUUUUGGAGUGGCUGAAGUUUAAGAGCUUCAAGAAAAACUGGGUAGAAAAUACCGCAACGUCUUUGAAACCAACGAAAUACAGCAUUACAUGAGCUUAAAUAUUUUUUAAAUUCCAUAAUCAAAUCAAAUCGUUCAUUUUGUUGUUAUAGUAAGAUUUAAUCGACUUGGCGGUGAAAAAGAACUUUUGAAGCUAUAACGAACAACCGCCGUUGGCGAACUAGAAGUUCAAAUGUGUAGUCGAAAAAGUAGAAAGCAUGGUCUUACGAUCCUUCGCCUCGUUCUUCUGCGCGCAGUUCAUUCAGUUGCGCCUUGAGCAACUCAGACUACAGCGGAGCCCGAAGAGCUCUAGGUGGAGCCUCGGAAUGAGAGUGACCCCUUCGAGGGAAGACUUUACACGGAAUAUAAGAUUAUCCCGCGUAUUUUCUUCACUCGAAGUGGUAGCUCUCUCAAUCGGCCGAGGCUACCCUAGAGUGUACACGGGGUCCGUGCCCGAGCCCCAUCAUCCCCGCCGUGCCCGUACCCGCGAAACUGAGGGAUCUACUUGUGGAAGAACGAGGCGACGGACCGUAA